CACGGCGCCGCCAUCACCGCCGCGGCGACCCGGCCCGCCCGGCGCGCAUGCGCGGGAGCGCCCGGCGGAGCGGAGCCGAGCGGAGCUGAGUACAUCCCAAUUUGUGCCGGGUCCUCGUGCGCUGAGGAAGCAGCUCGUACCUUGGCAGCCCCAUCAGAGCAGCAGAUCCGCUCCAAAUACCACACAAAGGUGUCUCUGAGCCAUGGCAGCCAAAUGGACUGGUGGACAUUCCUCCUCUAUAUUGUGCUUGAAUGUAAACACGGAAGGGCUGGUGGCUUCGGGCGCAGAGAGAGGCGAGCUCACGCUGUGGGACGUCACAGGCUCUCCAGUGGGACAGCUCCAGCUCCCGGAGGCAGAUGAUGUGACAUCCGUGGUGUUCUCUCCCCGCUGUCCCACCAAGCUGUACACCGCCCAUGGAGAAACUAUCAGUUUGCUGGAUGUCCGGUCGCUCAAGGAGCCCACUGAACGCUUCCACGUGAAUGAGGAGGAGAUCAACUGCCUCUCCGUGAAUGAGACGGACAGCUUCUUGGCUGCAGCUGAUGACUCUGGGGCCAUAAAGGUUAUAGACUUGGAAAAAAAGAAAGUCAGCCGGUCCUUGAGACACUCAAACAUCUGCUCCUCUGUUGUCUUUCGGCCUCAGAGGCCUCAAAGCCUUGUUUCCUGUGGCCUGGACAUGCAGGUUAUGCUGUGGAACCUGCAGAAAGCUCGCCCCUUGUGGACCACAAACCUGCAGGAGUGCGAAACGGAGGAAGGUGGUCCGCAGCCAGCCGGCCAGUUCUUUAACCCACCGCUGGCACAUUCCCUCUCUGUCGCAUCAUGUGGCAACAUCUUCGGCUGCGGAGCUCAAGACGGUAAAGUCAGAAUAUUCAGAGUCACUGGGGUGAAGUUUGACCGCGAGCUGGCGUUUCAAGGUCACAGCUUGGGCGUAUCGCAGGUCCUCUUUCUGCCAGGAGCCUACUGGUUGCUGACUGGAGGAAAUGACGGGAAGGUCUUGCUCUGGGAUGUCAGCAGUGAUGUUGGGAAGCAGCAGAAGAGUCCAGCAAAAUCUCUGCAGAGAAGGAAAGCCCAAGCACCUGCUGCUGCCAGAAAAGAUGGGAAGCUCAACAAAGUGGCUUCAAAUGACCAGGCUGGAGUUUUACCCAAGCUAAGCAUCGAGCACGGGGAGAAGGUGAACUGGAUCUCCUGCGCGGAGAUCAAAGGCUCCAAGAGAGUCUUAGUUGCUGAUCAGAGUAGUUCUAUAUCUGUGUAUCCAUUGCCAGAACCUUAGACACUGAGAUGUUUAUAGGAAUUUUGGGGGAAAACCACUUCUCGGAGCGUUUGAAAUGAGGCCAGUCCCACCCGAAACCUGCUGCAUCCUUGGGAAGGGAUUUGCUCUGAACUCACGCGAGUCCUCACUGCGUAACUGGCCUCACAUUCUGUUUUUCAGCGGCUGUUGGUGUUUGCUGCAGCUGUUCCUCGCAGGGUUGGCAGUUUGCUUCUUGAAUUUAAGUGAAACGGGUUUCAAUAUGUUUAGGGGUAAUAUUAGUUCAUGACUAAGCUGACGUAGUUAAGGUUGGGGGAAGAAAUUCACGCUAACGAGGACACCCACGAUGCUAAAUGAGGAUGCUGAGCUCCUUCCAUUUUGAACUAUUGCAGUGCUUUGCCGUUACUCUCCCUGUUAAAUUGUGGCACAGUUCAUGUAAACUGGCCAUAGCGUAAUUAUAUUUUUCGUUCUUUUGUCAGCAGCUGCAUAUAAGACUAGAGAAGUAUCAAGUAAUGAGUAAUCAAAUUAGUUUAACUGUCAUUUUCACACUGCAGUAAAUGAAGGAGCAGGAGAAAAUGUUAACAUCUGUUUAACAGCUCAGCUUUUAUGCAGUUAGCUGUUUAAUCCGGGGGAAAAUAACUACUACACUUGUCAAUAAAUGCUUUUUCUCUCA